CACAGAGACAAUCACACUCUCACUGGACACACAAACACUGUGGACACACAAAUUCCUCUGGGACAUACCGAUUCUCCUGAGGGACUUCAGUGUACACUUCAUUGGACUCUGCUGUGCUGGUUGGCCUUCUGGGACUGAAACAAGGGGAGGACAGAACUAAAACUCACUGAGCAUCACCAGGCAACUCAAAGCCAAGACUCUUGAGACUUUUGGUAAAUUAUCACCAACUGAGCUUUUUAAGAGCCAAGAACCAGCGAAACCAUGAGGAUCUUCAACCUGAUGUACCUGCUCCUGCUGCUCGUAGCUGUUGUGGUACCGAUCUCCUCCGCCAGACCAGAUUUCCUGAACUUGAGGAGAAGAUACCACAGACACCACUGCCCACACAGACGCUGCCUACCCCUCCAUUCCAGGGUCCCCUUCCCCUAAGGCUGACGCUCAAGAAUGAGGGUGACCCGAGGAAAGAGAAAACAUGAAUAUGACGCAAGAGCAGUGUGUGGUCAACAGAUGGAUCCCAGAGCCAUGAACUGCGAAGAGGAGCAAAACUUAUGGGACACCAUAAAAAAAUGCCACCAAAUGACUAUCAUGUGUUUGUAGCUUCAAAAGAGCUGCGAGACACUUUCUGCAUUCUAAGCAAAAUGUAAAAUGAGAAAUGUUUUGGCGUCCUGGUGGCCAUAUAUGUGGGUUUGUGCCCAGUUGCAAGAACCAUUUCUUCCUCUUCCUCCUCACAAGCCAAUGAGGGAAAAGGGAAAACAUCUGACAUUGACUUAAAAAAGCUACAGACCAAAGAGCUGGAAACAUCUUAGUGACUGCAGCUAUGAUGAACAGCAAACAUAUAGCAUUCCUACAAAAUGUUUAUAAUGCAUGUAUGCACUU